AUGAUGAAUACGAUAAAUCAAUCAUCAGCAUAUCUGCAUACAUUAAUAUAUGUUUCUUCUUACAUUAUUAGCAAAUCGAUAUAUAGAAGGUAUAAAGAAAGUAUAAACCAAUUAUUACGCUAGGAUAAUUUGGUGAAAGUAGUUCAAACCAAAAAAAGGGUCGAUACUAAAGAAAAAGGAUCAAGACUCUUUUAUUAGGAUUUCCAACAUUCUUAUGUUUGAUCCACAGUUACACAACUAUGUAUUAGUUGAAUGAGUUUGAUUUCAAAACUAUUAUUCAAUGGAAUAAUAAUUCUAAAAUGGGGAUGGGAAUUGCAAUAUCAUUUUAUAUGAGUUUUGUAUUAUAUGGGGGGCCUAUUUAUCAUGAAUUUUGGGUAUUUUAAUUAGAUUCUAAUUAGAAUGGCAAUCUAAAAAAGAAAUUAGGCAAACUCUAAUUCAAUAAAUUUAGAUGGGACUACUUUUCUAAAAUAGUUGUGGUAUUAGAAAUGUUUAAUAUUAGACUCCAAUAAUUGAAGAAUUAAUUUUUAGAGGAUUUACCAAUAAUUCUAUAAAUCCAGAGUAUAAGAACAAUCAUUUUUAUAUGAUAUAUUCGACUUUUCUUUAUUUACUAGGUAUAUUAAUAAUAUUAUUAAAGUACGUUUAAUAUUAUUUGAGCCCAAAUAAUUUACUAUCAAUAAAUGGAGUUAUAUCAAACAAAUUUUAAAGUCUUUAUGCUUAGGAGUGUAUCUAUCAUAUGUUCUGGUUUAAACUGAAACUUUGAUAGCUGUCAUUAUUAAUCAUGGAUGCAUUAAUUUUAUGGGAUCACCAAACAUACAAGAUUUACUUAAAGGCAAUUAUUCUCGCGAGUUGAGAUUCAGUAAUAAUAUUGGUUCUAUAGUAGAAAUAAUGAGAUUUUAUUUCUUGGGAUUUUUAGCUUUUCUCAUUUUUUGUUUACUAGUAUUAUGA